UGCAAACAUAGCAGUAUCGUACUACUUUCGCCAUGAAUCUCCUCGACGUAUCAAUUGCCGCAGUCUGCGGGUUUGUGGCGGCAUCUGCUCAAAUCGUAGGAGGCCUUCUCACACGUUUGUGGAUAUGGGAUAACUUGGACGGACCAGCGGGACAAAAGUCCGCGGUGUGUGCUGCAACGGCUGUGUUCUCGUCGCCAGCAUGGACUCGUACGAUAUUGAUGAGCCUUGACCGCCUACCGUCCCUCGUCCUUCCUGCUUCGUCCCCGAGCCCAACCCCGCAUUCCGGCUUGAUUCAAUUCUAGUUGCACUCGGAUCUUGCGGGGUACUCCAAAAUACGCCUUGCACUAGCCCGACGACAAAUCCCACUACUGCUUCCGGCUCUCUCAUCGAUACCAAUGCCAAUUUGGAUCCGUUCUCUCUGUUCGAACUAGCCUCCUCCAGUACCCUGCGCGAUAUGACUAUUUCAUUUCACAUCUUCCCCUCGAUGUCAUUGCUCUAGCAGUAUUCAAUG